ACUGCUAGUUAGUACGAAACGUUAUUCAGGUUAGUUUAGGGGGUGUAUUUAGUACUAGCGGAGCUUCGUUCGUCCAUUCGUUCUACUCGGCGUACACAGACCGCCUAGCGCCACUUAUAUCGAACAUACGGAACUGGUGUAUCGUAUACUGCUUACCGGUGCGUGUUAUAUCGCGUAUCGCCUCCUACUCCACGUGCCUUACUCCAGCGUCGAGGGGUCUCGUUUUCAAGCGAUGGCCGCAGCGCCAAUAGGCGUCUGCCACGUAAGCCACGCGGAUAUGAACCUGGUCGCGCUUCCACGUUCUGCAUCGCGACGCGUACUUAAUAGAUUCGCGUGGCAGGCGGUGCCGCCUUCAUCCGCCAUUACUUUUGGACGAAUGACAGAUUCUAGUACUAGUCUAAGGAGCCAUCGUUCUCCGAUAGUAGUACCCUCGAUGCCCUUACUAGGUCGUCACAGUUCGUUAGAGAGAUUUCUGUUGCACUUGCGUCCGAAGAAACAUGCCACGUGGCAGCCGAGCGUUGGCUUGUCGAAACAGCGGCCCACAUGGGACAGUUCGUCGCGGUUUAUUACCAGCAAGACUAGUUACCCCAGCCAUAUUGCUUACCCCGGUUCAAUAAAGGCUAGCGGGGUAAAUUACCCUGAUUCAAGUCCAGCUGGCGGGGACAGCGUGAUUCUUGGGAUCGAGACCAGCUGUGACGACACGGGUGCUGCUGUGGUUACAUCAGGUGGUCGAAUUCUUGGCGAAGCCCUCGCUUCUCAGGGCAAGGUGCACGCGGAGUGGGGGGGAGUUGUGCCGUCUCUGGCGCGGGGAGAGCACGAGAAGGCUAUAGACCCGGUAGUUCAAGCAGCCUUAGACCAGGCUGGCUUACAGCCGUCGGAUCUCUCUGCAGUAGCGGUCACGAUUGGCCCUGGGCUCAGCCUGUGCUUGAGAGUGGGGGUGAUGAAGGCAAGGAGGAUGGCAUCGCAGCAUGGCAUCCCCAUCAUCCCCAUCCACCACAUGGAGGCACAUGCGCUGGUGGCCAGACUAGACCACCCAGGCGUCACUUUCCCCUUCCUCACUCUUCUCAUAUCAGGCGGCCACAACCUUCUGUUAUUGUCACAUAGUGUGGGGAAAUACACUCAGCUUGGGACCACUCUCGAUGACGCUAUGGGUGAGGCGUUUGACAAGACAGCGCGUUUGCUCGGGCUGGACCUGUCAGGAGCGGGAGGGGGAGGGGCAGCAGUGGAGGCACUGGCGAGAGAAGGGAACAAAGAGAGAUUCAGGUUCACGGUGCCUCUAGUGCGUGUGAAGUCUAUUUUUGAGGCGCCUCAAAAAAAGACUCCCCCCCCUUUUCAGGUGCCUCUAGCGCGUGUGAAGUCGUGUGACUUCUCUUUCUCUGGUCUCAAGGCCAAUGUGGCGCGCUGCGUACAGAAGGAGGCACCGGCAGCUCAAACCAUUCCGAUUGCCGAAGCAACACCGGAGGACAGGCAGUUACGAGCCGACAUUGCUGCGUCCUUCCAGGAGGUGGCGGUGCUGCAUCUUGAGUCGCGGGUGCAGCGAGCAAUUCAGCUGGCAAGGGAUUCCACUCCAGCACUUGAUACUCUGGUGAUGGCAGGAGGGGUGGCGUCCAACCAGGUCGUCCGCACUCGAAUUGCAGCAGUUUGCGAGCAGUCGGGAGUGAGACUCGUGGUUCCUCUCCCCCGCCUCUGCACGGAUAAUGGUGUCAUGGUGGCCUGGGCGGGGUGUGAGCGGUUCAAACUGGGGAUUAUGGAGCCGCCUCCUAAUGCAGAUGAAUUGGACGAUGACACUUAUGUGGAGCUGAGACCGCGCUGGCCCCUGGCAGACCCGCCAUCCUCCCCAUCACGCUCCUCUAAGCAAAAGCGGCUCUUCCCCUCCCUUUCCUCCUCCCCCCCCUCCGCCCCACUGCUCACCCCCGUGAGCCCCAACGCAUCCCCAACGCCGUUCUCUACUUCAUCCCCCCUGCAAGCUGCAGUACAAACGCCCGAGGAGCAUUGAAUGCUUCUAUUUGUCCAAAUACCGAUAUGUCAAGGGACAACCCAAAUCUUUAUGUACUAAAAAGUUGAGGUUAUUAUAUGAUUUGAGAUGAGAACUUUACUGUCGCGUUAAGAGAGUGUCGACAGUAGAGAAGCG